AUGAAUAAUUUUGUAUUCAUCAAUUCAGAAGUAGAACUGAAAGCACAAGAUAACCCUGAAAUUGUAGUUAUUACUAAUGAGGAAAGUGUUUGCCAAUCAAAAAAUGCCCAAAGUGGUGUAGAGCAAAAAGUUCAAAGUAAUCAUGGAAAUAUAGAAAUUGUUAAUGAGUUAAAUGAACAAGUAAACCAAAUUAAUGAAAAUGAAUCAAUGGAAAUCCAAGGUCUGAGCUUACUUCAUGAUUAUCCAACUGAUCAAGCACAUUUUCUUGGAAUAACCUUAACAAGUGUAAUCAAAAGAUCUAUUAUAGAAUAUGGACCAUGUAGACCAAAAAUGGAAUUUCCUCGCAAUGAAGACAAAAGAAAAUUUUCAGUAGAAUAUUAUUAUUUAUCAUCAAAAUCUGGUAAUCGUAUUCCUCGUACAUGGCUUUGCUAUUCGCCUAUCCUAAAUUAUGUUUAUUGUGAAUCAUGUUGGCUUUUUGCUGACAGACAAUAUAUAAAUUAUAAGUCUGAAUGGAUUACUGGAAUAGAUAACUGGCAACAUCUUUCUCAAAAAAUAUUUAAACAUGAAAGUUCAAUUCAACAUAUUGAAUCUGUAAAAAUUCGAUCUCUGUGGGCAAAAAAUAAAGUUUUAGAUAGUCAACUAGAAAAUCAAGUAUCAGAAGAGGCUGCAUUCUGGAGAAGUGUACUGGAAAGAAUUAUAAUGAUAAUUUUACAUUUAACUAGUGGAAAUACUGCUCUUCGAGGAAAUGAAGGUAAAUUUAGCUCAAAAAAUCAGUUUUCCGAAGGUAAUUUUUUACAAACCGUUAGAUUAGUUGCAAAUUAUGAUCCCAUAUUGUGCAAACUUAUUAAUUGUGAGAAAAGCAAAAUCAAGUAUCUGAGUCACACAAUAGUUGAUAAAUUAAUUGGAAUUUUAUCUUCUGAUCUACUUAAAACUAUUUGUAAUGAAAUAAAGUUAUGCCAAUGUUUUUCCAUUAUAAUAGAUUCUACUUUAGAUAUAACUAAACUGGAUCAGCUGAGUGUUAUUAUUCGGUAUACUAUCAUAAAUUUUGAAGAGAAGAAACUAGAAGUUAAGGAGUCAUUUGUAGGUUUUUUUGAGUUAAAACACCACGGAGCUGCUGAUUAUACACAGUUGAUAUGUGAAAUUCUAUCAAAACUUGACUUGGAUAUUAACAAAUGCCGUGGACAAGGUUAUGAUGGGGCAUCUGUGAUGAGCGGAGUCCAUUCUGGCGUUCAAACUAGAAUAAAAGAACUUGUUCCAUCAGCAUCAUAUAUUCAUUGUUGUAGUCACAAUCUUAAUUUAGUAAUAUCUGAUGCAGCUAAAUGUCAUAGUAAAUGCGCCAAGAUGGGCACUUUUAGCAUUUGGACAUGA